UGUCAGUCAUUUCAAUAAAGUUUACUUAGAGAAGUGAGAACUUCCUGGUUUACCACUGCAGAUGGAAGUGAGGCAGUGGUGAAACCUCAUAGCCUCAACAAUGAGAGUCCAUCACUUCUGCUUCUUUGUCAUGCUGCUGAGUGAUAAUGAUAACGCGGGUCUCGUUAGUGCUGGUGAGACCGUCUGGACUGGAACUGAAGGAGGAUCCAUCACAGUUCAUUGCUCGUUUUAUGUUAGUGGAUCGAUGGCGAGCUUCUGUAAGGAGAGCUGUGACGAGGAAGGAAACAUUCUCGUUCAGACAGACGGCGACAGAGCUUGGAACGACAGAUACAGCCUUGAAUAUAAAAGACAAUCUUAUCUGAAAUAUGAACAAAUUUUUGCAACCAUCACAAAUCUGAAGAAGUCUGACUCAGGAUGGUACAUGUGUCGUUUGGAACGAUUGCUUUCCACUGCAUAUGAGAAGAUUCAGAUCAUUGUCAAAGAUGCUCCAACCACUGCAGAUGCACCACCACCACCACCACCAUCAUCAUCAUCAUCAUCAUCGACAGCAGCAGCAGCAACGACCACAGCUUCAGCCACGUCACAGAGUUUCACUUCUACACAAUUCACGUCCCAACCUGUCCUCCAACUGAAACUGAACAACAAUGUACUGAUGUAUGUGAGCCUGAUUCUGCUUUUCAUAAUCAUCGUAUUAUCAGUGGCUGUGCUGGUUUUCUGCAGGAACAGAGCCAGUAAAACUAAAGAAUCUCCAGAAAAAACAGAGGAACACGAGGUCAGCCAAGUGUACGAGGAGGUCAGAGACGAGUCCAGACACAGCAGAGCGCUUCCUGUGGAGGACUUGACUUAUUCUCUCGAACAAUUCACCAAACCGGACAGUAACGAAACCACAGACUGCUACACUUUGCUCACAGCUCAGAACACAGCUGGAUCUGGAGCAGCUGAGCAUCAGAAAGGAAACACCGUCAUCUACUCUGUGGUUCAGGCAAACAUGAGCGCUGUGAGUCACAGUGACGAUGCUUCAUUUCCUCUGUACUCCACUGUCGCCUCACACGAGCAGAAACUUUAACGCUGCCGCCUCAGUUGAAUGUAACACAUCUAAACUCACAUCAUAGUGCACUUGGUUCCCACCCAUUGCAAGCUGAACACACGGUUUUAUUUUAGGGUUGGUUCACUUCUUGUUUUCAAACCUCAAGUGAAUAAUAAGUGAUAGACAAAAUGAACGUGUGCUGAAAUGUCCUUCAGUUAUUGGUCACACAAGAAGACAAAAUAUGUCACACAAUUUCUCCAACAUGGUGUUGCCUGUAAACCACACGAGGAGGCACACAUGAUGUUUCUGCUCGGACAACCUGCACAAACCAAUGUCUGAAUAUAUGAGUUUUAUACAAGAGAUUAUGGAAACUAUACAAGAGGUCUAGCGUUCUCUGAAAUACAAAGAGGAACCAGUGAGGAAAGCAAAUGUUUGUAUUAGCCCGGCUCCAAGUGAUUCACCCGAGACAACCCACUUUAAGAGGACCAGAGUCCAGUUCUGUGGUUUGCACCAGACGUCUUGGACAAUAUCCAAGAGACGAAUACGCUCCGGGUUCAGUUUAACUGGACUAAACAAGGCUCUCCUCAGUUAAGCUAUGGAUAUUAAAUAAGCUGUUAUGGUUAUUUUAGAAAACCUGCACUCGAUUGCCAACAGUUGACAGGAAGCAACGAUCAAAAAGUGUGAAGUUAAAAUAGUAUGUAUUACAUAUGUAUAUAAAAACGUUAUUGGGAUUUGAUAUUGAAUUUAUGCUUCAGUUUAAACAUUAUAAUUGUCCACCUGUCCAUCUGAAUGUAGAGAUUUCUGU